AUGGCCAGCCUCAGCAGGUUCUUACGACCCUUCGCUCCUCGCCAAGUCCGCUGGGGCUCGCCUUUGUCUCCCCUUGUACCCAGACGAUUCCUAGGCAUACCACCUCAAUUUCUCCUAGACGAAUAUAUCCCACGGUAUCAACUUCUUUCUUCCGUGGACGCAGCAAAGAAACGCUCGCUCGCUUACGCUCACCUACAGAACUGCAAUCUGUGCCCUCGUCGCUGUGGUGUGAAUCGAUACGAAGAGACGGGGGUAUGCUUAAUCGGUGCCGAAACGGCCAAGGUCAAUGUCAUUGCGCCGCACCGAGGUGAAGAGCCAUGUAUACAGGGGUACCAUGGAAGCGGGUCUGUCUUUUUUUCUGGAUGCAAUCUGCGCUGUGUCUUUUGUCAGAACCAUGAUAUUGCGCACCAGCGAAACGGCUUCGACCUAACCCCUGAAGAACUGGCGGAGUGGUACAUCAAACUCCAACAGGUGGGAAAUGUACAUAAUAUCAACCUCGUCACGCCAGAACACGUGGUACCCCAGGUGGCUCUCUCGAUCCUGGCCGCCCGUGACAUGGGCCUGAAGAUUCCCAUCAUCUACAAUACGUCUUCCUUCGACUCGCUUGAGUCACUCCAGUUGAUGGACGGACUGGUAGACAUAUACCUGCCUGAUUUCAAGGUAUGGAAGAGCAGCACGUCUAAACGGCUACUCAAGGCAGAUGACUACGCUGAAACCGCCAAGGAGAGCAUCAAGGAGAUGCACAGGCAAGUCGGCGACCUGUCCUUCACAUCCGACGGCAUUGCGAAGAAAGGGGUACUACUGCGGCAUCUGGUCAUGCCCGGGAAAGAAGACGAGGGCCGUGAGAUCAUGCGCUGGCUCGCGGAGAACGUCUCAAAUGAUCUUUAUGUACAUAUCAUGGAACAGUACCACCCUGACGCACACGUUGGCAAGAAGAAGCGGACCACAAGGAACGCGAGCCAGGAGGACAAAACUGAGGUCCGCUAUGCCGACAUCAACCGGGCUGUUCGCGAUGAAGAACUGGGCUCGGUCAAGGAUGCUGCAGUAGCGGCUGGCUUAUGGCGAUUCUGUGAGGUCAAUGAACAUGGGGGGUUCCAUCUAUGA